UUCCGCCUCCACCCCCACCGCAAGGCUACCACCACAUUACACUCACAACCGCUGCUAAACAAUCAUGGAGAACGAUGGAGGUCAACGUACUCAUGAGAAGGCUGGCCCGGUUCAGUUUCCGGGUGUUAAUGGCAACACGAGUCCUCCGGCGAGGGCCGCUCCCCUCGCCAGAGUUUCGGUGAACACACAGCAACCAAGGCCAAGGACCUCCUCCUCCGACUACCGCUGCCCCGCGGUUUAGUUACCAGGCUGGUGUCCAGGAAAGCCCCCUACAAGCACACGGUCCACAGGACGCACGCGCAGCAGCUCCUCACGCUCCCACGCCGCUUGAAGCAUCCCUAACUCCAUCAUCUCCGCCUCCGCCUGUGCAGCACUCCUAAGAUCUAUGCCGCUCGCAGCAUCGCCGUCAUCCUCGUCACGCCGACUUGGUGUGACACGAGCAUGUAGAACGGUAUGCUGCGGUUCAAAUCACGCGAAUGCACCAUAUCGGCAGCAUGCAUUCAUUGCACCGGGUCUGGCGUGCAGUGACGACUGUCUAACUGUCUUGCGGUACUGUAGCUGGCUCGCCAUGGUAUAGUGUGUAUCACGGCCGAGGUAUGGGUGCAUAGCUAGCCUCACGGGCUGGGCUGAUGCGGCAUGUGUCCGGACAACGUUGGGAGUAUCUCGGGGAGUAUAGGCCAACCAGA